UAAAAAUACAGAAAUUUUAGAAAUAUAGUAUUUCCGAUUUUCUGUUGUCUAGAAACUUAAGCCAAGAUGACCGAGCAAGAUUUAUCGAUUACUCUGAGUUUCUCAUUAAGUUCAGAUGCUUCUUUAUCGAAAGAAUUGGGUUGGGGUACAGUAGAGGAUACGCAAUUGUCACCUGAAAAGAUAGAUCAAAUUAGACUAGAAACAUAUUUAAAUAAAUUGAAUUUGUCACAUUAUGAGCUCCUUUCUGAGGAAGAAAAAGUAGAAUAUGCACGAAACUUGGAUGCAAUGGAAAUUUUCUAUACCAUAAACCAUCUUCAUAACGAAACAAAUAUUUUGAAAAUAGAAAAUUAUGUUCUGGAAGACUUUCUUUUAAAUAAUGAUCCAAAUCUGUUAGUUGGAAUUGAAGAUAAAAAAAUAAUCCCAAAAUCUCAUAUGUCAAGUAUGGAUCAUAGAAGCAUUUCCACGCAUCGCUUCUCAGAGACACGGUCUACUACGCGCUCUCAUGCUGGACGUACGAAAGGGAAAAUUUCUGAUGUUACACUAAAUUUACGUGGCAAAAUAGAGUUAGCAGAAAAACUAAAUAAUGACCUGGAAAAGCGAAUCGCAAUUGCUAGAGCUAAAGGUACUGACGAUUUAAAAGUAUUAUAUGGAGAGAUCAAGCAAUAUGAAAUGGAACUUUCCGAUCAAGCAACAGCUCUGAAUGGGUUUCGCUCAUAUUUUGCUCGCAAUGAAAAGGAAUUAAAGGCUUUGAGCCGCUUAAAUGAAGAGCAAAUUAAAAAGAUACUAUAUAGAUAUGUAAUGAACUAUCAGUCAAGCGCACAGCUUAUAUUAAAUAAAAUGCGUCUUCAAAUAGAUGCUCUGACCACUGAGUAUACGGCACUACACUCAGAAAUUGUCUUAAGACGCGAAGCGACGAAAUUUAUUAGUUCUAUUGAUUUCGAAGAGAUACUUAGUAUAAGAAACUUUCUAUUGAAAUCAGACGAAGAGAAGAGAAGGCAAAUUUAUGAACUUAAGAUGAUUACAGCUAAUGCUGAGAUAUCUAUGAGGAAUCAGCGCUAUUCAUUGGUUUUGGAAAGUAAAAAUCACAAACGCCUUACUGCAAAGACAGAUGAACUUAGUGCUGGAAUUUCAAGAUUAAAAAGAGAGAUAAAUAGACAUAAACAAAAAAACAAUGCAUAUAGGGAACAGAUACGUAAAGUAAGAAGUGUACUUAAGCGCUUUGAUGCACCCAGCGUUCCAAAAUAUAUUGAUAUGAAAGAUCAAUCUUUGGCUUUAGAAAAAGAAAAAAUUCAACUUGAACGUAAAUUCAAAAUAUUAUUUAUGAAGUUAAAUAAUCUGCUCGCAUAAAAGCUAAAAGAGAUCCACAAAUGCACGGCCUGACUUUUUUAUACACAAAAUUUUAUAUGAAAAAGAACCUUCGAUUUUUUAUAUUUAAAUUUCACAACGAAAU